AUGUCAGGCUGCUCGCUCGUUGCCGCAGGCUUGCCGGCCCUCAUUGGGACGGCCACCCCAACCUUCAGCUACGAUCAAGCCAAGCAUUCAUUUGGAUCUGGCGAUGAUUUCGGUAUCCAGAUGACUUACAUGUCGGGUACUUCUACAUGUUACUCAGGAACCAGGCCUACCUUCACGCCCAUCAUCUCCAACCCGGCUCUCCUAUACACCCGCACCUGCUCUUACGUCACACAAGGAGUACCCGCAACUUAUACGGGUAUCUUCUGUGCAAACGCCGAUCUCUUCAACUGGGUCAACAUUGGUGCUUACACGCUCGACAACUACCAAUUCCUCAACCCAUUCGCAGUCACUCCUCGCCCUUUCACAGCCACGUUCGGUGACCAGCCGGCACCAAGCACAGUCGCUACAAACACUAUUGUGGUGACCCAGACUGCUACCAACACUGCGUUUGCUCCCAUUCAGCCCGCAGCGACUACUACGGUCACUUCUGCUUCCUCCACUACUACACGUACGAGCACGGCCACUGUUACGACCCCAGUCACCAGCCCUUUCACGCAGACUGUUACCUCGUGCCCAACGCCUUCAAGCACAUCCACACCAUCGAGCUCUUCGAGCCCAUCUUCUUCUCUGAUCGUGCCGUCCUCCUCGUCUAGCUCUGCUGUGCCGGUUGUGCCGUCUUCUUCCACUCGGGUUUCUACUACUACUGUGGUCAUCGUCUCAACAACUACGCCAUCUCCAAGCUCAUCUUCGAGCCCUGCUCCGGUGUCAUCUUCGUCAUCUUCUGUGGCUACCACAACCGUUGUCGUUGUGUCCACCGUCUCCCCAACACCGAGCUCGUCUCCAAGUCCGUCUCCUAUCCCAUCAUCAAGCUCGUCUGCUUCGCCUUCGCCUUCUUCAUCAUCAGUUGCUACUACAACCCUCACCGUAGUGACUACUGCUACUCCAGCACCGAGCUCGUCUUCGACCUCCUCGCUAUCUUCGCCACCUGCCCCUUCGAGCUCAUCGGUAUUCACUUCCUCGAGCUCACCCGCAUCUCCUCCUGUUCCAUCAUCAUCAUCUUCUUCUUCAUCAGUUGCGACUACCACUGUCGUAGUAGUUACUACUGCUACUCCGACAUCAAGCUCUGCUUCGACACCUUCGUCGUCAUCUGUUCCGUCGAGCUCGUCUGUCCGCACAUCUUCGAGCUCAUCCGUUUCGCCUUCUCCAAUCUCAUCUUCGAGCUCAUCCUCAAUCGCCACUACCACCGUCGUCGUGACUUCAGCUACCCCAACAGCAAGCUCUACUUCGACUUCAUCUUCCUCUCCUAUUCCUUCCAGCUCAACCACUUCAAGCCCUGCGUCUAGCUCCUCCACUCCUACUUCAGCCAGCCCGGCACCCUCUGCGUCUACUCUAUCUUGCCCUGCAAGCAAUGGCGCAACCUUCAGCACGCCUCAAGGAAACUUCAUCGUUGAAUGCUUCGUCGACCGCUUCAACAAUGACAUUGGCGUUGCACCAAAUAACCCUGCAACCUUCGAGCAAUGUAUUCAGGCUUGUGCGAGCACUUCAGGCUGCCAGUAUGUCUCUUAUCUGCCCAACGGUCCAUGUUAUUUGAAGAAUGGUCUUGGUGCACCCAACUCCAACAGCAACGUCUGGGGUGCUAGGAUUGCAUCUGUACCUGUGUCUUCAUCCCCAGUGGCAUCCACAUCGUCCGCAAGCUCCUCCUCCUCCGCUGUCGCUACUACUUCCUCCACAUCUGCUGUCGCUACUACCACAGUCGUCAGUACCACAGUAGUUACCGCUGGCUCCUCUUCCAGCUCUGUUGCCUCUUCUUCCAGCUCUGUUGCCUCUUCUUCCAGCUCUGUUGCCUCUUCUUCCAGCUCUGUUGCCUCUUCUUCCAGCUCUGUUGCCUCUUCUUCCAGCUCUGUUGCCUCUUCUUCCAGCUCUACUGCCUCCUCAUCCAGCUCUGCUGCCAGCCCUGCCGCUAGCGCUUCAUGCCCUGGCUCCAACGGCUCAACUAUCACUGCCAAUGGUAAGCAGUACCUUGUCGAGUGCGGUUCUGACUACACGGGCGGAGAUAUUCCAGGUCCAAUGAGCCCAACCUACCCAGGCUCCUACGAGGGUUGUUUGGCGGACUGUUCUUCCACUUCGGGCUGUGUCGCUGUCAGCUACGUCAUGGGUGGCCCUUGCUAUCUGAAGAACGCGGUCAGCGGUGCGAGGAGCAACUCCAACAUCAUCGGUGGACGAUUGGUUAGCACUAUCUCAACUUCGGCAGCACCCACUUCUUCAGCAGCACCCACUUCUUCAGCAGCACCCACUUCGUCCUCUGUGGCUGUUUCGUCCUCUGUGGCUGUUUCGUCCUCUGUGGUUGCUCCAUCGUCUGUUACUACCUCCUCUCGCACUACCUCAUCCUCAUCAGUGGCGGCCACAAGCUCGGCACCAGUCACUUCGGCUGCCCCUGCUCCUGGACCCUCGACCGUUACUGUUACCACGACUAUCUCGAACACAGCGUACCAAUGCGCAUGCACGCCUACCAGUGUCUUCAGUGCCUCAUCAAGCGCCCCUGCUCCGAGCUCAACAGGUGCUGUCACUUGCCCGGGUUCCAAUGGUUCAACUUUCGUGACUUCAUGUGGCGCACAAUACGCCGUCGAGUGCGCCGCCGAUCGUUACGGCAACGAUCUUCCGAACGGCCUCGUCUACACUGACACAUACGAGCAAUGUCUCCAGGCCUGCGACAGCACCACUGGGUGUGUUAAUGUUUCUUGGGUCACAGGUAACCCAGGUGCUUGCUACAUGAAGGGCAGCAUUGGCGCCAUUCGGAACAACUCAAACAUUAUCGGGGGUCGCAAGCUCUCUGGAUGUGUUACCCUGAAGCUUCACCGCAAGCGCGUCGCAGUUGCCGCCCCCAAGCAGAAGCUCGCGAAGCGUGCUGGUUUCUACGGUCCUGACUUCACAUUUACUCAGGAUCGCGUCGUUGCGACUGCGACCGGAACUGUCAGGACCACCGUCACUACCACCUCCACACCCAUCUCUGGUACUGCCACUCAGACUGCUUUCACAGUUGCCUCUGCCACCGUGACCACCACCACAAGCGUACCUACCACCGUUUACAACAUCAUCACCGUCACUACAUGCCCGACUGCCUCUCCUACCGUCUAA